AUGGCUCAGGGAGACAGCACAAACGAUGCUCAAGUGCCCCUCGCAUUUGCAGCUGCAGAGGCUAGUGGCUUCUCAUUAUUCUUCUCUUUUGAUUAUGCUGGCAACGGAGCUUGGCCUCAAUCGACUGUUCUGUCUUUUCUCAAUAAUUACGCCCAAUAUCUUGAUGAUGAAUUCGGUGGCAGUGGCAGUGACUUUUCUCACUACAUGAUGGCAAUUUCACCUUGGUUCUUCACAAACCUUCCUGGAUAUGCCGCACGAUGGCUGGCGAGUACUUCUACCUUAUCUCAUCGAUACCUACAAAAACAAUAUUUCCACAAUUACCCAGGAAAUUCUCGUGGGAUGGUAUCGACCGAACCCGGUUGUCGGAAGCUCUUGCGCAACUGGCGACACAUCUGGAAACACCCACAGUCAAUUCCAGGUCGAGUUCCAACCGGGACAUUGUUCAAGGACAACAUAUUCUAUUCAGCGCUUCUUUCUGGUCCCGGUGCAACAGUAACUGUCACGAUUGGUGGGAACACGGUUCUUGGAGGAUGGGCAAAAACUCCUUUCGAUGGUGUUGGUAUCUACCACGGGAAUGUAUCAAUGAAUGGCUACACCGGAGCAGUGACAAUCACCCUAUCUCGAGGUGACGCUGUGAUAACCGGAAAGGAUAUCAGCACUACUUGCACACAUGAUAUCCAAAAUUGGAACGCAUGGGUAGGCUAUGCUUACGGCGAAACGGUCACAGCUACACCCACUUCACUCUCUAAACAAGUAUGCAUUGCUGGCACUGGAGCAGGAAACUUCCUUGGACUGUGUCAGUUUACUUGCUCGUAUGGUUAUUGUCCUGUAGGAUCAUGCGUCUGCACUCAAAUGAGCACGCAAAGAACUCUACCGAAGUCCUUGGACGUGAACGGAUACCCGGCCGCCGGGUUGAGCGCCAGUUAUGAGGGUGUUUGCGCAUUUGCGUGUAACUACGGAUAUUGUCCUGCGACUACUUGUGGAACUACCAAAGAACCAGAGUCUAUUCCAACUAUUUCUCCAUUUUUACCUGAAGCGUGCACAGCAGGUUCAGGCUCAGGAAAUUUGGGUGGACUAUGUGGCUUUGCCUGUGGCUACGGUUUCUGCCCAAUCAUAGCUUGCUCUUGUGACUCUAAAGGUGCGCUGGGUACUUUGCCUGCCUAUACUUGCGACGAUUCCGGGGUGCCCGUGGCUGGUCUGGAUGAAGCAGUUUAUAGCGAUCUAUGCAGAUUCGUGUACCAGUAUGGCUACGACCCACCUCCAACCGAUGUAUGCAUCAGUUCCACCUCUUCUUCUGGCGGUAGCACAACGGCAUGUGUUGGCGGUACAGGUCCAGAUAAUGUCAUCGGCUUGUGUGAUUUCAGCUGCGAGGACGAUUCUUACGACGUGCUAUGUGACUUUGCAUGUACACAUAAUUAUUGCCCUCCAACAGCUUGUUCACGAAGCCCCCCUGCAGGUGAUGGAGGUGUCAUCUAUCUGCCGCCAUCUGUCUGGGACCCUUCCUCUGACCCAUUUGGCUGCAACGGGAACAGUAUAUGCACAUUGAUCAUUCCACCUUCCUCUCUCCCAGGUCCUGAAACAAUCAAUUGGCCAUCACUCACAACCACGCUGCUGGCAUCUUCUGCUGGGUCAGUUUACACCAAGACAACGGUGCUCAGCGUUGAGCCGUUCACCAUUACGGAAACCAAUUUCUGGUGUCCUGGAUCAGGUACUGGUGAUGGUGAUGGAGACCCAGAUCCGACAUCAGCUUCAAGUUGCGAGCCUAGCACUUGUGCGACUAAAACUUCCUGUGAAGCUCCCAAAGAGACCGUCGGAUGCAAUAUUGAUCCGGAAACAGGCGAAGAGGGUGAUGGAUUCAGUCACCUCUAUAUUGUGUACCCACUGGAUGGUACAACUUCCACUGGAACAGAUCCUAUUAUAUCACUACUCAAAUCUUAUGGAACACAAUCAGUGACUGGUUUGACAACUCAGGCAUCUACAAUUAUCGGCAUCAUGUUCUGGUCCUUGCAUCUCACACCAGACCAACUCACAGAAGUAACAAAUCAUGAACUAGUUGCUUCUUGCACUCCACAAUGCACUACUUCUUGUCCAAAGAUUUAUGAAAGAGUUUUGCAGAGGACACCCCGAAAUGUCACCCUGCAGGAUGAUUUUUCUCGACUCAACUCUCGAGAACUCGGACUGAUUCGCCAGGACGAUGCGUUGACUGGGCUUGUAAUGAUCUCACAGGAGGAAGGUCACGAUUUAGAUGAUUACGACGGUAACUAUAUCUACGACAAAGAGGAAAUGCCCCAAACCUUGGUUUAUGUAAUUGACUCGUAUAUCAAUACAACCGAUAGCCAAUUUGACAAGUUCAGAUCUCAAAUAACUGAUAUGAGCCCUGGUGAACCCCCCGAACCCUCCGACGAGGAUGAGGACCCAAUGGCACACGGCACUUAUGUUCUGAGCCUGAUUGCUUCCAAAAGAUUUAGAGUUUCAAAAAACAUUUCCCCUGUCUUGAUUGGCUUGGAUAAUGUAGACGCUCAGCAUACGGAAGUAUCGCAAGAGACAUUUCUAAUUGCCCUCAAUGUAGCCGUUCAACACUAUAGACUUUUAGGCGGUUCUGCAGAAGCAGGAAUGGCGAUUGUCAAUCUCUCUCUAAAUUUCAGGGAGACACAGGUCACCGAUGCUUGGAUCGAUGACGUGCGCAAUUUGUUGCGAGACGUACAUGUAUUCGGUGCAACUUUUUGCCCAAACGGACUAGGUGGUACUCAGUAUCAGUACGGCACAUCUUUCUCGGCUCCCUUGGUAUCAGGGCUUGCGGCCUACUUUUUAGGUCUAUCUUCUCUAAGGGAGAAAUUCGAAGCUGAGUCAAAGCCAGCGUUAAAAGUAGCAGCACUGAAAGCUUACAUUGUAAAGUUGGCAUGGUCGAGAGAUAAAAGUGCCAUCGAAACAAUCUACAACGGUGUUGAAUGGUCAGAAGUCGAUCUCACCUGUCCCGCCGACGCAAAUGGUCAGGACGGCACCGACACCUGUGCAACCUCAACAACCAGCACAUCAACGACAACUAGCACCACCACUGCCUCAACUUCCGCAGCAACCAACACUUUCAAGGUUUACGAAUGGGAGUGUGAGGGAAAGCAGCAAAUCACCAAACUAGGGGCUGCCGCCGCAUCCGCACUCACAUACUGCGCGAGUCAAAGUUCGUUUCUCAGUAAUGAAGGUGGUAUUACCCAGGGCGAUACUUUUACUGUUUGCGGUUCCAAGUAUACGGUUGCUACUACAGGUGUAGGUUUUGCUAUUAGCGGAGGUGGGAAGACGGGGACAUGCUCGAGCGUUGGUCCUCCGGAUUUUGCGAAUGGAAAAAGUUGUUUGGGACAAUCGGGGGAUAUUAUUUCACUAGCUUGUCAGGUUACGGUGGCAUAUAAGUGUGAUAUUGCUGCGUGUUGA